UCCUCUUGACAAUGCAGUAUUGAGUAGGCUCAAGCAAUUCAAAGCAAUGAAUAAUUUCAAGAAAGUUGCUCUAAGGGUCAUUGCUGGCUGUCUAUCUGAGGAAGAAAUUAUGGGAUUGAAGGAGAUGUUCAGGGGAAUGGACACUGACAACAGUGGCACUAUAACACUUGAAGAGCUGAAGCAAGGACUUGCCAAGCAAGGGACAAAGCUAUCUGAAUAUGAAGUGAAACAACUCAUGGAAGCUGCUGAUGCAGACGGUAAUGGAAUAAUAGACUAUGAUGAGUUCAUCACAGCAACAAUGCAUAUGAACAGAAUGGAUAAGUCAUAAUCACAACAAAAACAAAAAAUAUUGAGAAUAAUAGACUAUGAUAAGUCAUAAUCACAACAAAAACAAAAAAUAAAAAAUUCACACAAAAUCCACAUUAACAAUAUUCUAAAACACAUCUCAAUAUCACGAAAACAACUCUGAAUGGUAGUGUUUAUUUCAAAAAUUUUCAAUAAUCUCACUAAAACAACUCUC